GCCAUCUGCAACUUGCAUGAUUCUUCUCUAUGGCUUUGCAACACCCAAAACGGAGCCAUGAUUCGAUUGCACAAGUUUGCCCCUGCUUUAAGUUUGCCUCGCCUUACUGUCCAUCCGGUUGUUAAUCAGUUGUGGCCAACACCAGUGCCACCACCGUUGCCUUUGCGGCCUUGCACGGGCGAGGAUUGUGGAAAUACAAAUACUACGGGAAAACUGAAGAAGAAAGGGAGGGAAGCAUAGACUUCACCUACUUCGGGGAUCUAUUUAUGUGCCUUAAGUUUCCUUUAACUCCCUAAAAUGGCUGGUUACUACUUCAGGCAUCAAUUAGCUUAUACCCCCGCCACCAGGCCCUGGCGCCGCACCGCCGCUGGAUCCUCCUCGCCGGCGGACAAACCUAACCUCGCCACCGAAGAUGGAGGGGAGUACAAAUUAAGCAACCGGAAGGAAAGUGUGUGGUACGCAUCAUGUGUGUUGUCUGGUGUGGUGUCCCAAUCAUAAACCAUGCCAUACCAUUGUGACAUUGUUCUCGUUGUCCUCCCAAUUAUCAACAUUUAUUUAUUCUAUUCCUAAAAAGUAUGGGAUGGGCACUCCGGGCGUUCACAUAGAAUGGUAAGAGAUAAAUCAUUGUAUAAUCUCAAUCUGGUUUUAGAGAGGUUGUUAUGUGUUUGGUGUGCACAAAAAAGUUAUUACGAGGGU